AUGGGUCCAGAAGUAAGAGCUGCCAUCAUAUUGAAUGCCACAUUUGUUCGUCCUGCAAAGUUCUAUCUCAAUGGGUUCACCAACAUGCCUCAUGAAAAGUAUUACUAUGUGUUUUUGUGUUUUGUCUACAUCAUGACUGUUCUGGGGAACGGCCUCCUUCUCACAGUCAUUUACCUGGUGGAGGCUCUGCAUACUCCUAAAUACAUGCUGGUGUUUAACCUGGCUUUCGCUGAUUUGUGUGGCAGCACUGCUCUCAUCCCAAAACUCUUAGAAACAUUCUUGUUUAACAAAAGGUACAUUGUCUACGAGGCGUGUUUGAGUUAUAUGUUCUUUGUUUUAUUCUUUGCAAGCAUGCAGUCAUGGACACUUGUCACAAUGGCCUAUGACAGAUUCAUUGCAAUUUGUUUUCCUUUAAGGUACCAUAGUAUUGUGACUAAACCAGCUAUUGGCUUAAUGCUUCUGUUUUCAUGGGUUUUUAUAGUGAGUAUUAUCGCGCCCAUUAUUAAGCUCAUUGAUCGCCUCUCAUUUUGUAGAUCUUUGGUGAUACAGACUUUUUUCUGUGAUCACUCCCCUGUUUAUCGUCUGGCUUGUAAUGACACCUCUAUAAAUAACAUUAUGGCAUAUGUUGCUUUUCUAACAUUUAUUUGUAUUCCUUUUGUAUUGAUAGGCUUGACAUAUAUGUGUAUUUCAAUAGCACUGAGCAGGAUAGCAUCAGGACAGGAACGACUCAAAGCAUUCAAAACUUGUAGCUCUCAUCUGAUCCUUGUGGCAAUUUUCUACCUACCAUUAUUUGGCACCAACAUAGCUGCAGUGACGACCAACCUUCAACCAAACGUCCGAAUGAUUAACUCCUCUCUGACACACACCAUACCAGCUCUUCUCAACCCAAUUAUCUACUCUUUAAAGACAGAGGAAGUGCUGAGCUCUAUCAAGAAGCUAUUGUACAGAAAAAGAAUUACUAACACAACUAAGAAAUUGUGA